AUGAUGAUGAUGACGGUAAUCUUCGUUACGUUUGCGGUCUCGGUACGAUCGGCAUCACUCGGUGUCGGCGGUGUUGUUGGUGUCGGUAAAGAUGAGCCGCCCGUGGACCACACCUUGGAAGCUGGCCCCGAGCUGGCCCAGUUCACCGUGUACGACUACCUGGCGGUCGGCGCUAUGCUCGUCAUAUCGGUGGGCAUCGGGGUCUUCUAUGGAUGGUUUGGCAAGAAGAAAACGGCGGACGGGCUGGAUGCCGGUGGCAGCUCCGGCGACUUCCUGCUCGGCACCGGUAUGAGUCUGUUCCCGGUCACGCUCAGCCUGACCACUAGCUUUAUUACCGCCAUCGAACUUCUGGGCAACCCUUCGGAGAUGUUCUUCAACGGCACGCAGUUCUCGCUGAUCGUGAUAUCGAUGGUCCUGGUCGUGCCGGUUGCGGUUAAGGUGUUCUAUCCCAUCUACUACAAGCUGGAGGUUACCAGCUGCUACGAGUACCUCGGGAUGCGCUUCGACAAGCGGAUCCGAGUGUUCGGGGCCGUACUCUACAUCCUGCAGAUGCUGUUCUACACCUCCGUGGCCGUGCUGGCGCCCGCCAUCGCCCUGUCGGCGGCAACAGGUCUGAAUCGGUACAUCGCCGUCGUCCUGAUCUACUUCGUGUGCAUCUUCUACUCGUCGCAGGGCGGCAUGAAGGCGGUCGUUAUCGCUGAUACGUUUCAGGCCUGCGUGCUGGUGGUGUCGCUGGUGUUGAUUCUGGCCCUCGGAUCGCACUACUCGGCCGGGCUGCCGGACGUGUUCAGCCGCGCUUCCGAACAUGACCGGAUUGAAUUUUUCAAUUUUGAUCCGAACCCGACGACGCGCCACUCGGUGUUUUCCGUCAUCAUCGGUGGCUUUUUCUACUGGACUUCGAUGUUCUGCACCAAUCAGGCGUCCGUUCAGAAAUGCAUGUCAUUAAAAUCGCUGAAAACAGCCAAACAGGCCCUCUACCUCUCCGUGUUCGGAUUGAUUGCGGUGUUUUUGAUGAACUUCUACACGGGAUUGAUGACUUUCGCGCACUACUCCGAGUGUGACCCGCUGGCCGCGGGCCAGAUAGCGGCCAAGGAUCAGCUGCUCCCGUACUACGUGAUGGAUGUGUUUGGCCACAUCAAAUUCAUGGCCGGCAUUUUCGUGUCGGGCAUCUUCGCCGCCAGCCUGGGGACUGUCGCGGCGGCACUGAACUCGCUGGCUGCGGUCACGUGUGAGGAUCUGCUGGUGAGCGGCAUGGAGUGGAAGAUACCGGAAGGCAAGGGGGCACUGUACGCCAAGUGGAUGUCCUUAGGGUUCGGGUUGGUUUCGUUCGCGCUGGUGUUCGUCGUGGAGCGGCUCGGUGGCAUCCUGCAGGCCACGCUCACGCUGAACGGGCUCAUCGGUGGCGUCACGCUCGGCCUGUUCAGUCUGGGGAUCUUCUUCCGGCACGCCAACGGCAAGGGCGCUCUGUGUGGUGGGAUAACGGCGCUGCUACUGGUCGUCGUGGUCGGUGUGUUGGCGCAGCUGAACAACGAAGAACCGGCUCCAUUACCGUCGUCGGUGGCUGGCUGCAACGCGAGCGUGUGGACCCCGGAGAACUAUCCUCAGCACCCGGCGUACGAAGCGCAUUCCUCGGAUACGCCCGUGAGUCUUGCGUUGGCGCUAUCUUUGAAGGAACUUUCCGGGACCGUGGACGCCGGCGGCUGGCAUAGCGACGCUGCUUCUGAAAGCAAUUUCUACAGACAAUCCGCGGACACCGCCGACAGUUCCGCUGACUCGGAGUCCUGGUUUUCGGCCGUGCUGCGCAUCAGCUACAUGUGGUACAGCUGCCUCGGCGCGCUGCUGACGAUGCUGUUCGGCAUUAUCGUGUCGCUGAUCUUCUCGGACGAACCGAAUGUCUGCUGCUUCCGCCGCCGGUCGGCCGAAUCGCAGCUCCCAGCGGUCACCAGUCCCACCGCCGGCACGGUGCGCGCCACGGAGUCGGGCGAGAAGCGCACCUCGAAGCUGAGCGUAGGCUCGAUGGCACCGUUGGCGAUGAUGCUGCGCACCUCGGUGACGCUCAGUCCGGCCUGCGACCGAAAGCCACGCCGAUCGCAAUCUCGCGAGGACUUCGCGAACGCCGCCAGCAUCGGCUCGAGCGUGGCGAGCGUGUUUUCCCUCGGCCAGCAAACCGUCUGCUCCGAGCUGGGCUCGUACACCGAGGUGGACGGUGAACAGUACGGCCGCGGAACGGUCGACCAGGACGCCCAACCCACCGGCCACAGCCAGCAGCCUCCCAACGCCAUCGCCGCCGUGAUGCAGGUGGAGCGCGAAAGAUUUUAA